AUGUCGGGCCCGCAAUACGCCUACGCCAUGAUGCACCUGGCAGGUGGCAGGGAUGCGGGCAAGCAAAGAAGACACCAGGCGCCCAACCCGCGAAGAGCCGCGUUCACGGCCCUUGCAGCUGCGGCGUUAUUUGCGCUGGUCUUCUUUUCAGUGUGCAAACUUGGCAAGCCGGCCUCGUCUGCCAGCUCUCCGAGAGGGGCUUCGUCUGCUGCCGAUUUGCCGCUGUCGUCGUCCCCCUUCUCAGACGCCAAUCUCGGACCACCUCUGCUGUCACGGUCUGUUCCGGCUGGCGACAAGUAUCUGAUCGGCGUUGGCAAGGCCGACAUCACCGGCCCGGUGGUCGAGGUGAAUCUGGGAGGCUAUGCCAGCCUGUCACAGAUCGGCUCCGGCCUUCGGCAGCGGGUCUACGCGCGCGCAUUUAUCGUUGGUGACGUCUCCACCCCGUCCGACCGCAUCGUCUAUCUGGUCAUCGAUACCCAGUCGGGCGACACUGCCGUCCGCUUGGGCAUCUUGGAGGGACUGGCUGCCCUGGGCACAGACUAUUCCAUGUACGGGGCUUCCAACGUGGCCGUGACGGGCACUCACCAGCACAGCGGGCCGGGAGCCUGGUUCAAUUACCUGCUCCCGCAAAUCACCAGCCUCGGCUUCAGCAAGCAGAGCUACCAAGCCAUUGUUGAUGGCAGUGUGUUGGCGAUCCAGCGAGCACACGAGUCGCUGACGACGGGCUAUCUCGAUGUGGGCAAAACCAACAUCACGGACGGCAACCUUUCGCGCAGUCUCUACUCAUACAUGGCCAACCCGGCUGCAGAGCGGGCAAAGUACAGCACUACCACCGACACGGAGAUGACGCUGCUGCGCUUUCAGCGAGCAUCUGACCUGAAAAACAUCGGCGUGCUGUCGUGGUAUCCGGUACACGGCACUUCGAUGCUAGAGAACAACACCCACGUGACGGGCGACAACAAGGGUGUAGCGUCGUACCUCUUUGAGAAGGCCAUGCUGGACGAUGCAGACGCAGCCGAAGGCUUUUGUUGCCCGGCUUUCUCGCAAGCCAACAUGUGCAGCUAUAAAAACAGCACGUGUGCCGACGGCAAGUCGGAGUCGUGCCACGGCCGCGGCCCUGAGUUUCAGAAGCUCGAUCUCGGCGUCUCCAGCUGCUACGUGAUCGGCAAGAAGCAGUCUGACGGUGCCAAGACUAUAUAUGACUCUCUGGCUACGUCGUCUACUCCGAUUGUGGGAACGACGGUGAAGUCCUUCCACUUCUACCAGAACAUGAGCUAUUUCCAGUUCGAGCUGCCUAACGGUACGGAAGUGCAGACAUGUCCUGCUAGCCUGGGGUACUCGUUUGCCGCCGGGACGACAGACGGCCCUGGAGCGUUUGACUUUACGCAGGCCGAUUCGGGAAGCUCGACUGCCAAUCCGCUGUGGUCUGUGGUUUCGGGUGCUCUUCGCACGCCCACGGCUGCGCAGAAGGCAUGCCAGUACCCAAAGCCGAUCUUGCUGGACGUUGGCGAGAUGGACGAGCCGUAUGCAUGGACGCCCAACAUUGUGGACAUGCAGUCGAUGCGCAUCGGCCAGCUGAUUAUCAUCGUGUCGGCGUCCGAGGCCACGACAAUGUCGGGCCGGCGGUGGCGGGAAGCCGUGCACAAGCAGGCAGCCAGCACGAUCCUCAAGGACGGAGCCGAUCCGGUGGUCGUUCUGGGGGCACCGGCCAACGUGUAUGCGCACUACUGCGCGACACCGGAAGAGUACAGCAUCCAGCGGUACGAGGGCGCCAGCACGCUGUACGGGCAGUGGGAGCUGCCGGCAUACAUCAACCUGACGCUGCGCAACCUUCACUACCUCGCGGCCGACGCGACGGGGUCACCGGACGCCGGUCCAUCGCCGCCCGACAAUCGUGAGACCUCGCUGAGCUUCAUCACAUCGGUCGUCUUCGAUGCGGCGCCCAGCGGCAAGUCAUUUGGCGAGUGCAUCGACCAGCCCAAGUCGAGCUACGCCAAGGGUGACGUGAUCAACGCCACGUUUGUGGGGGCCAACCCGCGCAACAAUCUGCGGCUGGAGGACACGUUUGCGGCGGUGGAGAAGCACGACAGCAGCAGCGGAAACUGGACGCAGGUGCGCAGCGACGAGGAUUGGUCUCUGGUCUACACAUGGGAGCGGACCAGCACGGUGCUGGGCUACAGCCAGGUGGUGCUGAGCUGGGAGUCGGAGGCCACGGCAGCUUCAGGCACAUACCGACUGAAGUACUAUGGCGACUCGAAGCCGCUGGUCGGGUCGAUCUCUGCUUUUACUGGCAUUAGCAACUCGUUCACGCUGAGCUGA